GGACGGUCCAACUUCAGUCCAUCAUCCAACAACCUCACUUGUGCCUCUUUCUUCAGGAACCCGAUCCAACUCCAUCUUAAUCAAAAUGAGCCUCUACAGACACCAAAGCUACUGGAACCCAUGCCGUCGUGGAAGUUUCUCUUCUGGCAGCUGCUAUGGAGGUUCCGGCCAACGCAUCUCUUAUUACCCAUCUUAUGGCCGUAGCUGCUACCCACAGAGCUGUUAUGGAGGUUCCAGCCAACGCAUCUCCUAUUACCCGUCUUAUGGCCGUAGUUGCUACCCACAGAGCUGUUAUGGAGGUUCCAGCCAGCGCAUCUGCUAUUACCCACAGACCUCUUAUGGCGGUUAUGGCCGUAGCUACUACCCACAGUCCUCCUGGGGUGGUUAUGGCUACGGCUAUGGCCGGGGUUGUUACCCACAACAAUAUUACGGGGGCUACGGUUACGGCCGUCGGUAUGGAUCAGGGUACGGAUCCAGGCGUGGCAGCAUGUGUUGGGGGUACGGAUCCAGGCGCGGCAGCAUCUGUUACGAGCCCUGCUACCCUAUCAAACGAAGGUACAGCUGCAGCAGCAUUGACGGACCCUGCUAAACACCCGAGUGGACUUCUGAUGAGAUGUUAAACGACAGACCCAAUGACUCUCCAGCUGAACUUUUUCUCCCCCCCCCCGAAAUGCUGAACACAAAGGAAUUCCCAUGGUUAUUAUCGUGCAUUCAGCAGUUGUCUAAAUGACUCCUAUGCCCGCCUCUGCGCACACCAUGCUGCCUUUAAUGACUGUUUCUCUAAUGGACAGUCCGUGCAUGUCCAUGAAAGCCCAGUGGGUCCCCCCCACCCCAAUUCUGCAGGACACCUUGACAAUGGAUUCACCCUUCAAUAUUUCCAUGCUGUUCUUUGGUUUGAAUCCUGCAGUUGCUCAUUUUUUGUAAUCCAAUCUCUGUUCUCAAAUUAAAAGCUUGCUUUGCAUUAAGA